GCAGUUGGCUGGUGUCAGCUGAUUUACUGCAGCGGCGGUGGCGGUGGCGGCGGCAACGGCAGCUUGCAGCCUCUCUGGAGAGACGGAGGCUGGGCUGGGGUUACUGUCCAAAGUUUUCCCACGAGGAUUUGCCCUCCCCACCUCCUCUCUGGAUACGUCCUCGCCUUGUCCUCGUUGCCAGGACGCCUGCAGGUGGUGGGACAGAAAACAUCGAGGCAUAAGAUGAAGCUGUGACAGAUGGGGAAGCUGAGACCUAGAGGGGUAACUUUUUCAAGAUUGCAUAGAAGAGUCAGGAUUUGAAUAUAGUUCUUCUGACUGUUUGAAAGCACAAUGGCAGGAAACAGCCUUGUUCUACCCAUUGUUCUCUGGGGUCGCAAAGCACCAACCCACUGCAUCUCAGCAGUACUUUUAACAGAUGAUGGGGCCACGAUCGUGACUGGAUGCCAUGAUGGGCAAAUAUGUCUCUGGGAUCUUUCAGUAGACUUGGAAGUUAAUCCUCGAGCACUGUUGUUUGGUCACACAGCUUCAAUCACCUGUUUAUCUAAAGCUUGUGCUUCUAGUGACAAACAGUAUAUUGUGAGCGCAUCUGAGAGUGGAGAGAUGUGCCUCUGGGACGUGAAUGACGGCAGAUGUAUUGAAUUUACAAAAUUAGCUUGCACACAUACUGGCAUACAGUUCUACCAGUUCUCUGUUGGAAAUCAGAGAGAAGGAAGGCUUCUGUGCCAUGGCCAUUAUCCUGAAAUCCUCGUGGUGGAUGCCACCAGCCUUGAGGUGUUGUACUCCUUAGUAUCAAAGAUCUCUCCAGAUUGGAUUAGCUCCAUGAGUAUUAUUCGAUCCCAUCGAACACAAGAGGACACUGUGGUGGCGCUCUCAGUGACGGGCAUCUUGAAGGUGUGGAUUGUUACCUCGGAAAUAAGUGGCCUGCAGGAUACUGAGCCAAUAUUUGAAGAGGAGUCCAAACCAAUUUAUUGUCAGAAUUGCCAAAGCAUCUCUUUUUGUGCAUUCACACAGAGGUCGCUUCUGGUUGUGUGCUCCAAGUAUUGGAGGGUAUUUGAUGCUGGGGACUACUCCCUGUUGUGCUCAGGUCCGAGUGAAAAUGGACAGACGUGGACUGGAGGUGACUUUGUCUCGGCAGAUAAAGUCAUCAUUUGGACUGAAAAUGGGCAAAGUUAUAUUUACAAACUACCUGCCAGUUUUCUCAUUUUCAGUUGCCUUCCAGCUAGUGAUUCAUUCCGCAGUGAUGUGGGGAAAGCAGUUGAAAAUUUAGUUCCUCCGGUACAACAUAGCCUCUUGGAUCGAACAGAUAAAGAGUUGCUAAUUUGUCCUCCUGUUACUCGGUUCUUCUAUGGAUGUAAGGAAUACUUCCACAAACUAUUGAUUCAGGGUGAUUCUUCUGGAAGAUUGAAUAUUUGGAACAUAUCAGACACACCUGAUAAACAGGAAGAGCUGGAAAUGACAACUUCUGUUAGUUUGCAAGAGGCAUUUGAUAAACUGAAUCCUUGUCCUGCCGGAAUUAUAGAUCAGCUGAGUGUCAUUCCCAAUAGUAAUGAACCUCUGAAGGUGACCGCAAGUGUGUACAUACCAGCCCACGGGCGACUCGUUUGUGGCCGUGAAGAUGGAAGCAUCGUUAUUGUACCUGCCACGCAGACAGCCAUAGUGCAACUGCUGCAAGGGGAGCACAUGCUCCGCAGAGGUUGGCCACCUCACAGGACACUCCGUGGUCAUCGGAACAAAGUCACAUGUUUGUUGUAUCCGCAUCAGGUCUCAGCUCGUUAUGAUCAAAGAUAUCUGAUAUCUGGAGGCGUGGAUUUUUCGGUCAUAAUUUGGGACAUUUUUUCUGGAGAAAUGAAACACAUCUUCUGUGUCCAUGGUGGCGAGAUUACUCAGCUUCUGGUUCCACCUGAAAACUGCAGUGCAAGAGUGCAGCACUGCAUCUGCUCUGUAGCCAGUGACCACUCGGUAGGACUUCUAAGUUUGCGAGAGAAAAAAUGCAUUAUGCUGGCAUCUCGUCAUCUUUUCCCCAUUCAAGUAAUCAAGUGGAGGCCUUCUGACGAUUACCUAGUAGUGGGAUGUUCAGACGGCUCCGUGUAUGUCUGGCAAAUGGAUACCGGUGCACUGGACCGGUGUGUGAUGGGGAUCACAGCAGUAGAGAUACUGAAUGCUUGUGAUGAAGCAGCUCCCGCUGCCGUUGACUCACUUAGUCACCCAGCAGUCAACUUAAAACAAGCUAUGACACGACGUAGUCUUGCUGCUCUUAAAAACAUGGCCCAUCAUAAGCUACAAACUCUUGCGACUAACCUCUUGGCUUCUGAGGCAUCUGACAAAGGCAAUUUACCUAAAUAUUCUCAUAACUCCCUGAUGGUUCAAGCAAUAAAGACAAACCUAACAGACCCGGACAUACAUGUGCUUUUCUUUGAUGUGGAAGCGUUGAUUAUUCAGCUCCUGACUGAAGAAGCCUCUAGGCCGAAUACUGCGCUUAUUUCCCCAGAGAAUCUGCAGAAAGCAUCUGGCGGUUCAGACAAAGGGGGCUCUUUUCUAACUGGAAAACGAGCAGCAGUUCUCUUCCAACAAGUGAAAGAAACUAUCAAAGAGAACAUAAAGGAACAUCUCCUUGAUGAUGAAGAGGAGGAUGAGGAGAUAAUGAGACAGAGGCGGGAAGAAGGUGAUCCCGAAUAUCGGGCCAGCAAAUCUAAGCCGCUGACCCUGUUAGAAUAUAAUCUGACUAUGGACACAGCAAAAUUGUUCAUGUCCUGCCUUCAUGCCUGGGGUUUGAAUGAUGUUCUGGAUGAAGUCUGUCUUGAUCGCCUUGGAAUGCUGAAACCCCACUGCACAGUAUCGUUCGGCCUCUUAUCGAGAGGGGGUCAUAUGUCACUGAUGCUUCCUGGUUAUAAUCAGGCUGCUUGUAAACUAUCACAUGGGAAAGCAGAAGUAGGAAGAAAGCUGCUGGCGACGGAGGGAGUAGGAAAGGGAACUUACGGAGUGUCCCGGGCCGUCACCACACAGCAUCUCCUGUCUAUCAUAUCUUUGGCAAAUACCUUAAUGAGUAUGACCAAUGCAACUUUUAUUGGUGAUCAUAUGAAGAAGGGCCCUACCAGGCCACCUAGACCAGGCACCCCAGACCUUUCUAAGGCAAGGGGUUCUCCUCCAACUUCCAGUAAUAUUGUGCAAGGACAGAUUAAACAAGUUGCUGCACCUGUCGUUUCUGCUCGGUCUGAUGCUGAUCACUCUGGCUCUGACCCUGCUUCUACUCCUGCUUUACAUACCUGUUUCUUAGUAAAUGAAGGAUGGAGUCAGUUGGCUGCUAUGCACUGUGUUAUGCUGCCAGACCUGCUGGGAUUGGACAAAUUUAGGCCCCCGCUUCUAGAGAUGCUGGCUCGGAGAUGGCAAGAUCGAUGCUUGGAGGUCAGAGAAGCCGCACAGGCCCUGCUUCUAGCAGAACUGAGAAGAAUUGAGCAGGCGGGACGGAAGGAGGCCAUUGAUACCUGGGCUCCUUACUUACCUCAGUACAUGGACCACGUCAUGUCACCUGGGGUCUCAGCAGAAGCCAUGCAGACUAUUACCACUGCUCCUGAUGCCUCAGGGCCAGAAGCCAAAGUCCAAGAGGAAGAGCACGACCUUGUGGAUGAUGACAUCACCACUGGUUGCUUAUCAAGUGUCCCACAAAUGAAAAAAAUUUCCACAUCUUAUGAGGAAAGACGAAAGCAAGCUACUGCUAUUGUUUUACUAGGAGUAAUAGGAGCUGAAUUUGGUGCAGAAAUUGAACCUCCUAAACUGCUGACCAGACCUCGAAGCUCUAGUCAAAUUCCUGAGGGAUUUGGUUUGACUAGUGGUGGAUCCAACUACUCACUGGCCAGACAUACUUGUAAGGCACUGACAUUUCUUCUGCUGCAGCCACCAAGCCCCAAACUUCCUCCACACAGUACGAUCCGAAGAACAGCCAUUGAUCUGAUUGGACGUGGUUUCACAGUUUGGGAGCCUUACAUGGAUGUGUCUGCUGUCCUGAUGGGGCUUCUUGAACUUUGUGCUGAUGCCGAGAAACAACUUGCCAACAUCACAAUGGGGCUGCCUCUGAGCCCUGCAGCUGACUCUGCCCGCUCCUCGAGGCAUGCCCUGUCUCUCAUUGCCACGGCCAGACCACCCGCCUUCAUCACGACUAUAGCCAAAGAGGUGCACAGGCAUACUGCUCUUGCAGCAAAUACCCAAUCCCAGCAGAAUAUGCACACCACAACUCUUGCCCGAGCUAAAGGGGAAAUUCUGAGAGUCAUUGAAAUUCUUAUUGAAAAGAUGCCCACAGAUGUCGUGGAUCUUCUCGUGGAGGUUAUGGACAUCAUUAUGUACUGCCUUGAAGGAUCUUUAGUUAAAAAGAAAGGUCUUCAGGAAUGUUUCCCAGCCAUCUGCAGGUUCUACAUGGUCAGCUAUUAUGAGCGGAAUCACAGAAUAGCAGUUGGAGCUCGCCAUGGUUCAGUGGCCCUGUACGACAUCCGGACUGGAAAGUGUCAGACAAUCCAUGGUCACAAGGGACCCAUCACUGCCGUGGCCUUUGCUCCUGAUGGACGAUAUCUUGCCACCUACUCAAACACAGACAGCCACAUUUCCUUCUGGCAGAUGAACACCUCCCUGUUGGGGAGCAUCGGCAUGCUGAACUCGGCGCCCCAGCUGCGCUGUAUUAAGACCUACCAGGUGCCCCCCGUGCAGCCGGCGUCCCCCGGCUCCCACAAUGCCCUCAGGCUGGCCCGGCUCAUCUGGACCUCCAACCGCAACGUCAUCCUCAUGGCCCACGACGGCAAGGAGCACCGCUUCAUGGUCUAGGGCUCGUGUCUGCGUCCCCGUUCUCCCAGGUCUCCAAGCCCAGAGUCCCGUCCUUCCUCAGUGCCCACCCCCGCCGGGGUCAUGGGGGGCACAGCCGGGUCUGUGUCCCUCCGCAUGGUCCCCGGGGGCAGACUCCUGCUCGUGCCACCUAUUGACUGAGGCAUGCACACAUCGCUCCGCAGGAAGUGGCCGUCCGGUCCCCAGGUCGUUUCUCACCGCCGCAGAGGGAGGGGCAGCCAGCAGUCCCGUUGCUCGGCGCACCAGAAGCCCGGAAAUCAAUAACCACUGUGAUUGCACUGCCAGCCCGGAUCAGCAGUUUCUUCACGCUAAAGCCCACCUCUGAAUGCUGUUGGAAGCUGGUUGUUCUGACAUUGGGUUUUGAGGUCAUGUGGCAGUCCUAAUUAUUGAUACCAUUUUCCUUUGGAUUUCCUAAAACGUGCUAUUGUUUACCAGAAAGGUUCUGUGUUUACGUGGGGUUUUUUCCUCCGGGAGAUUGCUAGGCAAUUACUCAAUCCAAUUUCCUAGGGUUUAGCCACUACCUUCUUUAUUAACACCUAACCGAUUGGAGAUUAAUGAGAAAAUACACACACACACAAAUUUUCCUUGUGGAGACUACAGUUUCCCAGACACCUAGCCUUCUAAAAUGCUCAUAUCCCGCUUAAGUGAUACUGUAUUUAGUAGCUCAAAAUCAAAAUGAUCACUACUUAUGAUCUAGUUAAUAUAAUUAUCCAGUCACUAUAAUCUCUUAAAUGGACUUUUGUAAUAAAGAACCAAGUUUGAAAGUAUAGCGUAUACCUGAAAAGAAGAUUCCUUGGCUACAGAUCUUUUUAAGAAAGAGCUUACCCCUUCCUUCCAGAAACUUCACAGACCUGCAGUUCCCAUAAGUCAGCUAUCAUGUAAUAGUUACAAUUCAGCCUUCAAACUACUACUGAUCAGUUAAAGGAAAGCUAAGACAGCAUUUCUUUGAAACAAGUAUCCUAGAAAGUUUUUAACUACGGCACAAGCAUUCAGGAGCAUGCAGUCAUCCUCAGUAUCCGCAGAGGAUUGGUUCCGGGACCCCCGAGGGUACCAAAAUUCACAUAUACUCAAGUCCCUGAUAUAAAAUGUCAGAGUACACGGAGGGCUGACCGUGUGUACAAAUGUGGAGGCUCUCAGUCUUUCCGAAUCUACCCGAACGUUGCAGUAGGGUGUUCAUCACACUUCCAAGUAAGCUUUAACUCGGUCAUUUUCUUCUCCUUAUGUCAGAUUAUGCUGGUUCUUCCUCACAAUAAUGGAAAAAAAAAUCUGUAAAAUAAUAUUUUGGAUGACUCGCUCCUAAUAAACCUUGGUCUGUAUAUAGUUGGGGAUUUGGUUGGUUGGUUGGUUGUUGAUUGGUCGGUUAAUUGGGCAAAAUGGUUUAUUAAAUACAAAAAUAGAAAAUGAUUUAUUAAAUUCAGAAAAUAUACGUGAAGUUUACAAAGCAACCAAAAUGAUAACGGGAGUGUCUAAUUUAAAAAGCAUAGAUUGUCAGCGUUUAUAUAAUAUACAAAAAAAGUAGGAUCACAGUCCAGGAACAAAUACAUCUGUUAUUUUAUUGAAACAGAUUUCUAAAGAACAUGUUAGGAAAUUAAGACCACUAGAACAUCUCUUUCAUGUCGACAUGAAGUCUGUCAUUUCUAGUGAUGGCAAACCCAUCCUAUACCUUGGUUUUAGACUUUAGGUAUUCUUAAAGAGUGAAUUUAUGCCAUAUGCAUGUGCAGCGUAUGUAUAAAGAUUAUGUAUGUAGCUUCCCAGGAAGAAACUCAGAACUAUACAGUGUAGACUUGCUUGUUUGGUGAACAUGCUGUUGUGCCCGAUAUAGAUAGAGAAACCUGAGGAGAACGAGGUGCUCUCGGUUUUUCCAGUGGUUUCCCGAGUCUUCAGUGCGAGUACCUGGCACGUGUUCACUUUAUGAACUGAAAUGGGGAUUAAUUUAUUCUAGACCACAAAGCUGCUUUGGAAUGAUGAAGUGUAAAAGUAUACCUUAGAGAUUUUUUUUUUUUAAACAGAAUGUUCAGGGCAUCCGGAGGAAGGUGUGAGGCUGUGGGCAGGCCACCCCAAAGCAUGGACGGCACACCCCAUGGAGGGUUAGAACAAAGCUGUGAGGGCCCUAGGAGCCAAAUACCUGGGCAGUGGGCCUCGGCCAGCUGGCCACACAGCCUGGCUGCACAGACAGCCAAAACUGUUGGCCCCUAGAACAUCACAGUUGUAAAACUCCGGGGUGGAUGGUAUCUGAUGGUGAGACAGACACCUCUAACUGCUAAACCAACAUCUGCAUUCUUGUUCACACCAAUCUCUCCUUGGCUGUUUUGACAACCACAGUUGCAAACUUCAUCACAGCUCAGAUUUUCUCAGCACUGAGGUAAACUUUACCUUGUCAUCCCAGUGUACGCUUUUGGUGUCUUAUUGAUCUUGUUGGCGCUGUAUUUGGACCUGUCCUUGUAAACGUAGAGACGUAUGUGGCUUCAUUGGUAAUUUACAAGUGAAAGAUGAUGUGAUACCUGUAUGAAAAUGUAAUGAUUGAACUCGCUGUGUACAGCACGUGACGUAAGAUGUCUGCCUCUCGAGGCAUUUCUUGAUGACUCCACUUAACAGAUUCUAUAUGUGCUGAAUGUCCCUGUGUACUUACGUGUGUUAAAUAAAACUGAAUUGUACUGAA